GUUUCUUCUAUAUGACAAAGGACAGGGCAGUUUAUUUAGUUAUCUGAAACUCAGAGAAUUUCUACCAACUUUCCAUGACAAAAUCUUGAAGAGGCCUUUUCAUGACUUCCAUGGUGACGGUUUUGGAACUCCGAAUAAAGAGCCAAAACGAAUCAAUAUUUUCCAGAAAGCUGUUGGGGAGGCUAGCCUGCUUGCUUUUCUCGAACCUCUGAUUCGGAAAGUGGUAAGAGAAGAGACAGAAUGUGCUAUUUCCAAGCUUUUCCCCUCGUCUUCAAGCAGCUCAGUUAGUGAGGCUGAAACAACAACAGCAGGUUGUAAUCUGCAGCUGAUGUUCGAAAGCAAACUGCCAGACCGAAUAUUCACAAAUAAUCCCCUGAAAGCUGAUGAUGGCAAACCAUUGAAAAUUCUACUAUAUGAUGCCAAUUCGAAGACUAUAGUGCAAUCUGGUCCACUAUCAUCAGCGGAGGUCGAUUUUGUUGUCAUCAAUGGACUAUUUUCCAGUUAUAGAGAGGAUUGGACCGAGGAGGAUUUCAAUUCUAAAAUUUUAAGUGAAAGGGAAGGUAAAAGACCUCUCUUAGCAGGACAUCAGAGUAUCAUCUUGAAAAACGGGGUUGGAUUUAUCGGUGAUCUUAGUAUCACUGAUAAUUCCAGCUGGAUACCAAACAAGAUGUUCAUAUUGGGAGCUAAAAUUUCACCCAAAAGUUAUGGAGGACAAAGAGUUAGGCCAGCCAGAAGCUAUCCUUUUUCUGUCAAGGACGGCCGUGGAGAGGGGUAUAUGAAGCAUUAUCCUCCAAGAUUGCAAGAUGAAGUGUGGCGUUUGGAGAAAAUACGAAAAGAUGGUAAAUUCCACGAGCAGCUUACUUUGCACGGAAUUCACAGUGUCAAAGACUUUCUCCUUUUGAAUGAAACGAAUCAACUGAAAUUACGCCAUAUACUUGACCGAAUGUCGGAUAAGAUAUGGAGAAAAGUUUUGGAUCAUGCAAAAACUUGCACUAUGGACGAGUGCACGGUUUCUAGAUACCCAAAUGGAUGGCAUGGGUCAUGGAUUGAAGAUCUGAAUAAGCCAAUAUAUCUGAACAGAUUUGAUGAGCAGCGGAACCCGAAACUGCCAUUGACCUACCCACAAGCUGGUCCUUCCAAUUCUCCCUAUCCAGGAAUGCAAUCUUUGGGGCCUAGCAUCGUACAUUCACAAGCAGAGAACCUGCAAAUUGGUGCUUCAAAUAAUUACGACAGUGAAGAAGAUGGAGCACAGUCUUUAAUUUUCCAAAUCCAUAGCAAUCUCACAGACCAAGCUUUUCCUCCAUCACUGCAGCCUAAUUACUCUGUAGAUGACUCUACCUUUCUCCCACAGACUCCAGUUUACUUCCCUCUACUGACAAGCGAACACGGAGACAAUUUGCUUCCUUCUCCGAGCUAUGCAGCGGACGCCGGGGGGUGUAGCAUUUUCCCUUAUAUGGAUCACGGCGCAGAUAUCUUAAAUGGAGCAGAUUAAGUUUCAAGCUGUUCCAUGAGAGUAUAUUGUGAAGCUAUGCCGAUCCAGAUACCGUCUCACCAUGCUUGAUUCUAAAAGCGCCGAGCAACUUCCUUUGUAGUCUUAGUGUCAAGUUACUGCACACCCAAAGUGGAAAGCAUCAGCUAAAUUUGCAGGUCCUAAUCUAUUUGGUUAAGCCUUUUUUUUUUGGUAGAUAGUCCUCUCAUGUGUUUUCCUGCAGAGUAUUUUUUUCUUUCCCUUGGGGCCAAUGUGCAGCAAAGGGUCCUUGUAAAGAGUCUGCUUUCCUCAUUUUAUCUUUGUUUCAUCUCUGCAAGUCGAAAUUGAUGUAACUUACAAUCAAUUUGAAAGGAAAAUAUUUUUCUUUCCAAUGAACUUCUCAAAGAAUACAUGUUCUUA